AUGGCGACUCUACAGCAGAAAGUGCAGUAUGUGUUGUGGUACGCUGAGUUGUCAAACAUUUCAAAGAUGACGUGCAAUGAGUCAUCUGUAACCAGUUGUCCAGAGCAGAAAUGUGUUUUAUUAAGUUUACCAGUAUGCCGAUUUGAAAUGUCAAUGAACGGUGUUACAAUGAAGAUUGAAAGGUCCUGCAGCACAUACAGAAAAUUUGUUGAAGCUAUGAGAAACAAUACCCUUACAUGCAAUAAAUGGACCAAUGGCACUUCUUGUGUUGGUUGUUGCGUCGGAAACUUAUGUAACAAGAAUGAUUUCCUUGACUGGACCAGUUUCUUCGUAUUCCAUUUGACUUUUAAAAAGUUCAGCGAAUAUAAAAUCUCUGCUGAGAACUUAUCAAAAGCUAUGGAACGUGAGUUAACCACGACGGGAACCUUCACAAUUGAAUAUUGUGGUUUAGACAGAAACCGGACGAUAUUUGCUAUUUACUCCAAACCAUAUAGCAAGACAUCUAAAAAACAACUGUUGCACAAUAUCUCCCAAGUUUUAAGCACAUCCCAAACUUUGCUUAACGUCGGAGUUCAGCAAAGUCACAUAGAGUUGUUUGAUGAAAUGGUUUGUGAUGAAAGCACAACAUCAACCAACAAUGGAACUUUCUCCUGGCCAAUGACAAAAAUAGGAACUACUGCAGAAAUCCCAUGUCAUGCACAUGUAGCAACAAGAUACUGUUCUCCCAGAGACUCUGAAAUGGCAUCAAAUCAAUAUAUGACGUCAGCAAAGUGUUCACCGUUUACUGGUAUCUGGAAAGAACUAAACAUGUCUCAAUGUAACAAUACAGUGAGGAUCAAUCGACGACUGAAUGACAUCGCAAAAAGUAUCGAUACAGAUUAUAUUCUUUUAUUGCGAAAUCCUUUAAAAACCAUUGUGUUAAAAUCUAAAGUUCUAAAGUUUACAUCUUCAAGCUCCGCCGCUCACUAG